AUGUCGGUCUCGGAGAAAACCCCCAUCACUAUUCCUAAGCCCGCGGUGACAAAGAUGGUGACCACCUCAAGGAGUCCUAGUGAGGUGACCCUCACCGAUGGCGAUAACAGCCACAUGCUCGAAAAGGUCCUUUCCAAGGAGAUGGGAUCUAUCGGGACAGGCUCGCAUCAUACCAUCGACCUCGAGGCACAGACCGUUAACGUUAAUCCAAAGCGGUUUGCGUUCGUCCGAUAUGCCAUCCUCACUCUGUAUCGACGCCUCUUCACGCUAGUCUUCCUUGCCAACGCUGGCGUGUUCAUCUGGAUCAUGUUGUCCAACCAGAAGCUCCUCGCCUUGGUCAAUGCAACGGCUGCCAACUUGCUUGCAUGCGGAUUGGCCCGACAGCCACUUGUUGUCAACACUAUAUUCCGCGUUGUGUUGUCCGUGCCGCGGUCAGCACCUUUUGCUUUGCGCCGCAUCGCUUCCAAGGUCUAUCAUUAUGGUGGCGUGCAUAGCGGCUGCGGCGUCGCGGCCCUAGUUUGGUACAUAGGGUUCGUCGGAGUCAUGUCGCAUCAGUAUUGGACGCCUCCCUCCGUUAGCGCUGCAACGGUCGUCAGCUUCUCAGCUGCUCCGGUAGCCUUAGCUUACAUCAUCCUCGUGCUGCUGCUGGCCAUUAUUGUAGUGGCUACCCCCACGUUUCGCAUGAAAUAUCAUGAUUAUUUUGAACUCACCCACCGUUUCUCAGGGUGGCUUAUCGUGAGCUUGUUUGUGGCGCUUUUAUUGGUCUUCGCGCAUGAAAUCAGCCAGGCACAGGGGCAGAAAUUGGGUCUGUUCCUGGUCGAGCUGCCUGCAUUCUGGUUCUUGAUCUUAACGGUCGUUGCUAUCAUCCAGCCGUGGUUGAUGCUGCGGAAAGUUCCGGUGCGUGCGGAGGUCCUGUCAACGCAUGCAGUGCGGCUGCACUUUGACCACGCCGUUACCACCUUCGGCAAGGGUACUCAACUAGCCAAGCAUCCUUUGCGCGAUUGGCAUGGAUUUGCCACCUUCCCCGACCCUAGUCCAGCGGGAACGCGCGGAACACCGAGCUUCUCAUGCCUGGUGUCCAAAGCUGGCGACUGGACUGCGGACACGAUCAAGAACCCGCCCACCCAUCUCUGGAAGCGGGGUGUGCUUCUCUAUGGCUUUGCAUAUUCCAUGCGGGUUUUCAAGAGGGUGAUCGUGGUAACCACAGGAUCAGGUAUUGGCCCCUGUCUGUCCUUCCUUGGCGAUGAUAAUCGCCCCGAGCUGCGUGUUAUCUGGCAGACUCGCGCUCCGCUCAAGACGUACGGGCAGGGGGUGAUUGGCCUCGUCCACCGAAUGGAUGAUUGCCCAAUUAUUAUGGAUACCAACAAAAUGGGACGAGUUGACAUGGUCCCUAUUGUGCAUCGACAAUUCGCAGAGUUCAACGCUGAAGCGGUGUGCGUGAUCAGUAACCCCGGACUAACUCGCCGAAUCGUGUAUGAACUCGAAGCCCGCGGGGUCCCAGCAUUUGGUCCAAUUUUCGACUCAUGA